AUGUCCGUGUCCAAGUGGACUGUUGCUGUGGGGUUGUCUCUUACACUAUCCGUACUACAGUCCACAUAUCCUGGUCUGUCGGGCUCCAUCGCAAGUUACACCACGAUCCUGCGGCCGUCGGCACCGCCAAACUCCAUGCCCCAUUUCGACCCAACCGCUGCUUUUUGCAUCUUCGGCUUCAAGUCUCAUGCGGCUGCCCGCUCGCUGUGCUGCGCGCCUUGGCUGCCGCCUGAUGGCUGUUACUCGUCGCCGAUGCGACAGCCAAGCAUCACGCCCAACUGUGGGACGUGUCGAAACCUCUGGAACCCUCUCCGCAGUGCCCUCUUGACCUGA